AUGUGUUGUGUGUUCCCAACUUCACUCAAAGGGGCUGCUCUCAGUUGGUAUACCCAACUACCACCUAGAUUGGUAGAUAGCUUUGACACCUUGGUACGCCUCUUUUCUGCCCAAUAUGCCACAAGCAGACCCCACCAUAUCACAUCAGCCGCACUUUCCAACUUGCGACAACAAGAUGACGAAUCUUUGCGGCAUUUUAUGGAACGCUUCGCCAACGUUUCCAUAAAAAUCCGUAACCUUAAUCCUGAAGUCGCUUUACAUUCCAUGCUCAUAGCCCUGAAAGCAAAACCUUUUGUUGAUAGUCUCUAUCAACGCCAACCAGCGAACAUGGAUGAACUCAGAGCAUGCGCAACCAGUUAUAUUCAAAUGGAGGAACACACCAAGUUUCGCAACCAUGUCCGAUAUAGCUUCACUACCAGGGAGAACCAAGUGGAAAAGAGAAGUCAAAAACACAUUUUUACCAAAGAUUGA